CAACAACAAAAAAACAAAACUAGGAAUCUGAAAGCCUGGGAGUAAAUACUUUAGCAGCUGAGACAUGUGGCCACGUGAUGUUUGUGGUUGAUCUAAGCACAUACCCGUAGACUAGAUAGAUGGCUUAGUUUUUCACAAAGCUACUUUGCAGGUUGUAUCACCAUUUAGCUGCAGCUGCUCCCCAGUUUACAGUGGAGUUUGGUCCCAAUACAUCCACCCUAUGCUGAAAAUAUCCUAAGUGGGAAAAUACAUUGAAUACAGCUCAGCAGACGCCCACUUUGGUGCAGCAGUGUGGCCUAUACCUGGUACCUGUUGUUUUCCCUAACACUCUUUGGAAAUAUUGAAAAUCAAAAUUGGAACUACAGUUUCUACUGAAGGUGUAACUUUCACAUCAUCAUGAACUAAAAAAACAAACAAACAAACAAACAAAAAAAAAAACCCCAAAAACACCAAGAGUUGAACCAUCUCUGUGUCAGAGACAAUGUGUUUAAAGUCUGGGCUACCUGUCCCUGUCCCUGUCCCAGAGAGACAACUGACAGAAAUGUCCUGUGUCCCACCAGCUCUGCCAGAGGACAGAUGUGCAGUUCAAGUCAGAGACUGACUGUGCCUUCCAGAGUAUCCCCAAGUCCUCUUGAUGGCUGAGUGAGGUGCUCCCGUCCUCUGCUCCUAAGGUCUGUCCUUGGUUUCUGGGGAACAGACCAGAAACCUCCCAUAGACCCUGCUUAUCUCCAUUUGCUCCACAGGUCCCUCCUGCUUCUGCUUCUCAGAGUUGCUCAAAGCUCAGUCCAGACUUCCUGAGCUGUAGACCUGCAGUAGUAUGAGAAAGCACCCGAAGUUCCAGACUCACUUACUUCACAAAGCACAAAAUUUGGAGGCCAGGCCAGUGACAGCCAGGACGUCUCCUCCGGAAGAAUAACUUCACAGGCUGGAAAACUUUGUCUAGUUCUGAAAGUUGAGAGCUACCCCAGAGGAUACAGACGCGCAUAGCAGCCGCGGGGUGGAUCAAAGCUAUCGGCUAGCCUACGACCUUCAGAAAUCCUAGUCUCCACUACGGACGUAGCUCUCAGGUGUUCUGGCUGUCGCGCCUCCCUGUCUUGGCCCUCCCCUUGGGAGCUAGCCGCAGGCCAGCAUCCUCCUCCCUCUUGGUCCCGGGCAGCAGCAGCUAAAAGCUGGAGGUUCCAGGCCGAAUCCGCUUUCUGCCAGGGUAGGCAAGCCCAGCCGACACUAUGCGCUCCUUCUGCUGCGGGAGUAGAUAAAAGUUUCCAGAGGACUCUCCGCGGUUCCCGCAGGACGAAACCCGGGGCCGGAUCGGACACUGUCAUGGAUCCCUCGGGAGAACAGCUACACAGAUCCGAGGCGUCCAGCUCUACGUCUUCCGGAGACCCUCAAUCCGCGGAGGAACUGUCGGUCCCCGAGGUCCUUUGCGUGGAGAGUGGCACCUCUGAGACCCCGAUCCCUGAUGCUCAGCUCCAGGACCGGCCCCUGUCGCCGCAGAAAGGGGCAGCUCUCCCGGAACAGGAGGAGCUACAGGAAUAUCGCCGCUCUCGUGCGCGCUCCUUCUCUUUGCCCGCAGACCCCAUCCUGCAGGCGGCCAAGCUCCUGCAGCAGAGGCAGCAGGCGGGACAGCCCAGCUCAGAGGGUGGCGCGCCGGCUGGGGACUGCUGCUCCAAGUGUAAGAAGCGCGUGCAGUUCGCCGACUCCCUGGGACUGAGCCUGGCCAGCGUGAAGCACUUCAGCGAGGCCGAGGAGCCUCAGGUGCCCCCGGCCGUACUUUCCCGUCUCCACAGCUUCCCGCUGCGCGCCGAGGACCUGCAGCAGCUCGGGGGGCUGCUGGCAGUGGCAACGAUGCCUGAUCCUCUCUUGGUACCCUGCGCCCGGCUCCGACCCCACUUCCAGCUCCCGGAGCUGCGCGCUGCGGAGGAGCGUCUGCGGCGACAGCGAGUGUGCCUGGAGCGUGUGCAGUGCUCCCAGCCGCCCCGCGCCGAGGUGACCGGCUCUGGCCGAGUGAUCAGUUGCCCCGGACCCAGGGCAGUGGCGGUGCGCUACACUUUCACGGAGUGGCGUACCUUUCUGGACGUGCCUGCUGAGCUGGACCCGGAGUCAGUGGAGCCCCUGCCUCCAUUGCAGUCAGGGGACUCUGGAUCAAAGGCUGAGGAUAGUGAGGAGGGGCCCGGCACCGAGCGUUUCCACUUCUCGCUGUGCCUGCCCCCGGGUCUGCAGCCCAAAGAAGGGGAGGAUGCUGGCGCGUGGGGAGUCGCUAUUCAUUUUGCCGUCUGCUACCGCUGCGAACAGGGAGAAUACUGGGACAACAACGAGGGGGCCAACUACACCUUGCGCUAUGUGUGCUCCACAGACCCGCUCUGAGUCCGGGAACUUCGGAACUUGGAAAGAGGUUGACCAGCUAGCAAGGGCUCCCCGGGGAUCCUUAGCUGAGCAACGCAUUGACAGAGCGUGGAGCGAUAGGAGUAAAAUGUUAAACCAUACACUCUCAGCGCAGAUUCACGGCAAGCUCUGGCAGUGUUCUCAGUGUUUUUCUCAUCACUUCCACUGACCUUUCUACUCGCCUCUUAGAAUUCUCAGCCUGCAUCCAAAUAAGGAACAUCCUCGUUUCCCAGGGAGAGGCUCUCUCCAAGAAAAGGGCUCUGGGACCCUGAACCUUGGGGAUUUGUUUCUAACUUGAGACUUGGUCCUUACACCUUGAUGAAAACCUGCAGGAGAAAGACAUGGCAGCCCACCUCCACGUGGGAGAAGAAGGCCUUCACACGUGGAAGCUUCACAGCCAGGCUUGAUUUUCAGAAGGCUAGGAGGGCGUCAGCUUGUCCUUUUAACUGGGCUCUGGAAACACCUCCCCAGAUUCGAUGUAUUUUCUUCCGUGAUUGGAUACAAAUGUCUUUUAAGAAAGUAAAGGCCGCGUGAACAUGUGUC